GACUGACCUAUACAAUGUCAGAUUAGUGGAUGUCAAUGUCAGAACAAUGUUUCUGAUUUUAUGUUUACUAGCACUAAAUUGUGCAGCCCAUGGCACCCAGAGCAAGUUUUAUGUUGACAUUGAUAACAAAACCAGCUCCUUCAGGCUUCUGGUGGACAGCAAGCCUUGGCUAGUCAGUGGCAACACUUUCUUUAGUCAUGACGGCCAUCAGUACUCAACAGCUGACCAAACCCUCAAGCUGCUAAUAGUAGCAUCAGAGACUGGCGAGGAUCAAGUUGGCAGAUGGCAUAAAACAGCCUUUGACUACCAGGGUGGCACGUUAUCAGUCAAGACGUCAAUCAAAACAUAUGACACGCCUCAACUACCACUUGCUAUUUUCUCACAGACUUACAUUGGUCCUGCGACCAACACAUCAAGCCAUGAUGUCAACAGUGUCAUUAGCAGUUUUCCCAGCUUUAGAACCUUGCCAUCAGAGAACCUUGGUUACCUGAGCUAUGCUGGAGAUAUGGUUGGCUACAAAAAGCUCAGUAUAGGCAGGUGA